UAUAUUAAGUUGACCUCGACAAAAGAUUUAAGAGAAUAAAUAAUUGGGAAGGGUUAUUUAAGGUAAGCUAAAAAAUGAAACUGGUGAAUUGAGAUAGAGUGGAGUUAUAUGAAAGCCGGGUUUGGAGUGUGAAGCACAUAUUUGUAAUUGGGAUGGACAGAGACGGAAAUUAAAUCCAGAACCAAUCACCAAAGAGGAUCAGCCAACCAAGCAAGCAGAUAUUUACGCGCCCAAACACGAUCACCAUUCACAAAUUCUCCUCAAAAUCCCCAUCCCCAUCACCAUUUAUAAACCCUAACUCCCUACCCUCCAAAUCCCCCAAUCAUUUUUCGUGGUCGCAAAACCAUUUCCAGAUUCCAGUUUCCACACGCUUAAUGUUCCCUUCCCUCCGUCACAUUUAAUAUACCCGCCAUGUCCCACUCCGUUAGACCUCACGUCGUCGGAGGUUCCGCCGUCGUUAAGCCACCCUUAUCCCGGACCAAACCACCACCCUUCUCGGUUCGAGUCUCGGGUUUCUCCGCCAGCAAUAGCCAGGGCUUCACCACCUCCGCCAAGGAGGAAGGGCCUUCUUGCAUAUUCGUUGGCCCUAUCGAGACUGCCAGUCAAGAAACCUUAGAAGCUCUCUAUCGCCAAGCUCGGGAUGCUUAUUACAGUGGGGAGCCUUUGAUAGUUGAUGACAUGUUUGAUAGAGUAGAGUUAAAACUACGUUGGUAUGGUUCGAAAUCCGUUGUUAAGUACCCUCGUUGCAGUAUAAGAAGACAUUCUACUUAUGCAGAUGCAGAGGAAGAUUUGUCUCAAGGUUUGGCGUUAGCAAGCAUAUGGAUCCUUAUUUUUGCAUUUGGCUGUACGUUGUGUCUUGUGCCUAUCAUUUACACCAUUAGUCUAGCGUAUCAAGAUCCAUUCAGUUCUGGUGCGUCAUACGACAGCCAAGCGGCCAACUUGGAGUUUCUUGCCACGGUUAAUGGCAUUCUCUUUAUGGGCAUUGGAUCAGUGACUGGCUAUCCACUUGCAUCAGCUGCUGUUCGGGUGCUUCUAAGACUGUGGAGAAAUGACUUGGUAGCUCUAAAGGGUGCAUGCCCUAAUUGUGGGGAGGAGGUAUUUGCAUUUGUGAAAUCAGAAAAAUUCAAUGGUUCGCCCCACAGAGCAGAUUGUCAUGUCUGUGAUUGCACUCUAGAGUUUCGUGCCAAGACUGAGCAAUCUGUAUCUAGACUUGGGAGAAAGUGGGUAUAUGGUCGUAUAUAUCUCGUCUCACGAAAAGGCAAUGAUUUUAAAAUUGACAAAAGAGAAUAUCAAAGAUUGCAACUUCAAAAAAUGGAAGAAAUACGAAUUAAAACUUCGAGAUGAACAAAAUCAAUCAACAUAUAUUUAUCCAUUUCUGCCUUUUUUAUUUAUUUAUUUACUUACUUUAUCUUUUUUUUUAAUCUUAUGCAUGGUUCCUCUAGUUACCUUAAUGCCAAACUAAAUGUCUUUCAUACAACGCCGCGAUAUUAACAAUCAUGGAAGCAUCCAACUAUCAUAUGGGGAGUAUUUCUUUACCUUCCUUUAUUUUUUUACAUUUGUAAUAACAUUAGGAACAAUGUGAAUUAAGUAGGGGACUUUAGAUUGAAACCUAAUUAAUAUUUAUUAUUGCUUAUUAUAAAGUUGGAAAAAUUAUUGUAUAGAUCAUUUCUAUCACAUUAAUUAUGGUCUUGUUCAAUUAAAAAGAAUACAUCAUCUUUUUUUU